UUCACAUUUUUUACAAAUUUUUCUUUUUUUACAUUUAACUUUUUUUAUAUUUCAUAUUUAAUGUAGUCUUAAAAAAUGUUAACGAGCGUUGGAGGGGCUGAUUGCUGUGGUUGAGCCUCACACGAGAGGGGCGAGGACAGGGGCCCCUCUCACUCACUCUAAAAAAUAAUAUACAAAUCACGACAAAUGGAAUUUUAUUUUUUCAGGUCCCUCUUCUAAAUCAUCGACAAGGCAAGGAUACGAGGUCCCUUACACAUGGAAAACAUUGAAAUAAGAUAAGUAUAAUCGCAUCAAUUUAUAUUUUUAUCUUGUUAUAAAUGUUUCUUUUUGAAAAUUUUUCUCGUUUCAGGAGUAGCAAGGACAACGGCAGAAUCAAUAAGACGAAUAACAUCAGGCAAUCACCCUUAUAAUUGUACAUACACCUGCAACUACUACCUUAGUGCUUCAAGGAUCAUCAUAGGAGAGAUAAUAAACAGAUUCCAAUUUGCACAAUUUUCAAUAAUCCACGAGAUAAUUUAUUAUAUGAAUCUGACGAUAACACUAAAAUGACGAAAUUUGUCCCUGCCCGGAAAUUACAAUUAAAAUCAACAAUAUUCCAGUAAAAGCCCUAAUUGACACCGGUAGUCAAGUUACGUGUAUUUCUGAAAACUUCUAUAAUUCCAACCUAGAAAAAUUUAAAAACGAUGUGACUGCCUAUCGUAGGUACUAUAAUCAAAGGUGCUACGGGAUUAAAAUCGACUCGGUUAAAUAAACAAUUGAUGUGCCUACAGACCUACAGAAAUCGAACCAAGCAACGAUCAAACAAGGUGCAGAUAAUGUUCCUGGUAUCUUACAUGGAAAGAAACCAAGCAUUCGCACAAGAUAAUGAGCGUACCCAGGAAGUUGUUCGUGAGAAGUGGAACGAAUUAGCUGACAACCUCAAUGCUAUAGGCCCACAUCGCUCAGUUGAAAGUUGGCAAACUACAUGGGAUCAUCUGGUGCGCACUGCCAGAGAAGCUAAUGAUGAUAUUGAUAUCGGUAUCAGCAGCACCCAACUGAAUGAAACUGACAAGAAAAUACUACGGGCUAUGUGUAUACCUGAAUUUCAUCCAAGAAACUCUGUUCAUCAACAAGCAAACAGUGUUGCUUCUUUGACUAGACGUCAAGAUAUUGCUCAGUCUUCACCUCAUCAAUCCACCUAUAAUAAUCCUGUUGAUAAUAGCCAAUAUGCUCCAUCAAAAUCUCGUCAAGGAGAUUACGAACCAGACUAUGAUUCCUCGAGGUCUUUUCUGACUAGUACUCAAAGAAAGAGCAUUGAUUUGACUAGAGACGAACCCCCAACUAAAAUAAAAAAACAAGAUGGGCUUGAGUACCAGUUAGAGAUGGUCAAAGAGAGUAAUCUCAUUAUUUCAAAUUUAUCAACAGGAUUACUCCAGUGCUUUCAAAAUCAAAAUGUAAUCCUGGAAACAGGAUUUGCACAAAUUACAAGUGCAAUGGAAAAGCUGUAUACUGAUAUCGCUGCUGCAUUUAUGCAGCUUAGAACAGGUCCACAAGUUGAAAAUGCUACCGAAGACUUAGAGAUUGACAAAGAUAUCGAGUAUAACACAGAGUAUCUAGAUCCUGAAUAUGAAUAACUAUUAUUUUAUAAUAAGAGAUUUUUAAGCUAAUAUUUUGGAGAAGCAGAGUUUGUAUUUCGGUUGUACAAAAUUAUAUUAAAAUUGUAUUUUGUACAAACUAGUACUCAUUUAUGAAUAAAAGUUCUAAAAAAUAA